CAAGUGUAACUCUAAAACAAGCACUACCACAACUUAUGCAUAGAAAUAAACAUGCAUUUAAUUUUUAUAGGUGUUUACUAUUUGUAGCUUUCAAACAAGAAUUUAAUUCACAAGUUGAGUUUCUUGCCUCAAAGUGUAUUAUUGUAUGCUAUUUUCAACUUAACUUUAUCUUAAAGAACGGAAUGCUUUAGUGGGGCUUCACUAGUAUGCUGCAAGGCCACUAUCAAUGAAACAGUUUCAGAAUGGGUGUAUUCUACCAUGAGGAGGAGCAACCAAACGAUUCUAAAAGAUGCAAAUGCCUUACAGCUACUCUGAAGGAAGUGUUUUUCAACUGUCAAACUUUUGGUCGAACUCGAAGGCUUUCGAAGGCUAGCCUCGAAGAGGAGUUUCCAAUUAGUGAUCUUGAUGAAGAACAGGAGGUGAUUGUCUCGGUGGUUAGAAGCCGAGCCAUGGAGAAACAAAAGAACAAGCCGAGCCAAUUGAGAGAGAGUUUUUCCUGGGUAUAUUCUCCAGCAACAAGAGAAUUAUGUGUCACUGGUAAAAUAGAACCACAUGCAAAAGAAGGAGGAAAUGAAGAACAAGGUGAUAGAGAAGAGUUUUUGUCGGUUAAAAGCUGUUUCUCAAUGCAUUCUUCAAGUGCUAAUGGGGAAGCAUUUUAUUCUGUGAAGACUAACCUUUCAAGAUGUUCAAGCUUGAAUGAGUUUGAUUUGUCAGAAUAUUGGAAGCAUUCUAUAAUUCAAGAGUUUUGUCAUUGUGAAGGAUGGCCUUUCGGUCUCUGUCGUAAAGCUGUGUUACUUCCACCACUGCCAAAGUCGCCAUCUGAAUCAUGGUUGUAUCGUAAAAUACAACCAAGUACCAAAGUUACUUGAAUUAUAUGGUUGUACUUGUUUAUGUUUCCUAUUCUGAUUCAAUCCAUAACUGUAAGAACCAGAACUGGUUGAACAAUAUUGAAUAAGCAAUAGCACAAGCUUUGGAAACAGAUUCCAGUUAUAAUCUCGCAACAAACGAUCAAAAGUUGACUUGUUAA